UCUCUCUCUCUCUCCCUGUCUCUCUCACUCUCUCUCUCUCCAAGAUCGAGAUGGAAUGUGCGUGACAAUGUCGUAGUACCAUCAGUACUACCGAGCGACGCAGGCGCAACACGGGGGGGCGGGCCGCAAUGUCGUCGAGGGACCUUCUCCUCCUCCUCCUCUCGUCGCUCCUCACUCUCCUGUUGUCUAUCCCCGCUUCGUUCGCUCGACACGCACCUUUUGCUAUGCGCAUAAGCUGUGGAGCUCGUCAGAAUGUCCAUACUCCACCAACCAAUACACUUUGGUUCAAAGAUUUUGCUUAUUCCGGAGGAAUUCCAACUAAUGCAACACGUACAAGUAUCAUCAGCCCUCCUCUUAAGACAAUUCGUUAUUUUCCUCUCUCUGAAGGUCCUGAAAACUGCUAUAUAUUCAAUAGAGUGCCGAAGGGACGCUACUCUGUGAGGAUUUUCUUUGGAUUGGUUGCACAUCCCAACUUCGAUGACGAACCCCUAUUUGACAUUUCAAUUGAAGGCACUUUGAUUUCUUCUCUGAAACCAGGUUGGAUCAGCCAGGAUGAGCAAGCAUUUGCUGAAGGCAUCGUGUUUCUUACAGAUGGUUCUGCCUCUUUAUGCUUCCACAGCACUGGUCACGGAGAUCCCGCUAUUCUCUCCAUUGAAAUUCUUCAAGUAGAUGAGAAUGCAUAUAAGUAUGAAUCUGACCAGGGCCACGGGAUGAUCCUUAGAACAGCCACAAGACUAAGCUGUGGUACUGGGAAACCAAAAUUUGAUGAGGAUUACAGUGGUGAUCAUUGGGGUGGGGACAGAUUUUGGAGGCCCAUUUCGACUUUUAGAGUGGGCUCUGACAAAGAGAUAUCUACUGAAAGCAGCAUCACACAGGCCUCCAUUGCGCCAAACUUUUAUCCGGAAGCACUUUAUCAGUCGGCGCUCGUUGGAACUGAUAAGCAACCAGAGUUGGAGUACAUUAUGGAUGUGGAUCCUAACAGGAACUAUUCAGUCUGGUUACAUUUUGCAGAGAUUGAUUCUUCCAUUACAGGCGCAGGGCAGCGAGUGUUCAAUAUCUUGAUAAAUGGCGACUCUAAAUUUGAAGAUGUGGACAUCAUUAAAAUGAGCGGGGAUCGACAUGUUGCUCUGGUGCUAAACACAACUGUUGCUGUGAAUGGUAGGACCUUGACGGUGACCGUGCAACCUAAAAAGGGAAAAGCUAUCAUCAAUGCUGUUGAGGUCUUUGAAAUUAUCACAGCUGAGUCUAAAACUUUAGCAGAUGAAGUUAGGGCUUUACAGACACUAAAGACUUCACUAGCACUCCCCCGUCGAUUUGGGUGGAAUGGUGACCCAUGUAUCCCUCAACAACAUCCAUGGAGCGGAGCUGACUGCCAAUUUAAUCAGACAAAAGGCAAAUGGGUCAUUGAUGGACUUGGUCUUGGCAACCAGGGUCUGAGGGGAUUCUUGCCAAAAGAGAUAUCUAGACUGACUCAUCUGCAAAGCAUAAACUUGAGCGGAAACAGCAUUCGGGGGCAUAUACCAUCCUCUCUAGGGACCAUAUCUGGCUUGCAAAUUCUGGACCUCUCUUACAAUUUUCUCAAUGGAUCAAUUCCUGAGAGCCUUGGACAGUUGACAUCACUGAAAAGACUGAAUGUCAAUGGGAACUCGUUAUCUGGAAGAGUCCCCGCAACUCUAGGGGGAAGGCUUCUGCAUAGAGCCAGUUUCAAUUUUACAGAUAAUGAUGGCCUUUGCGGUAUACCCGGACUUCCUACAUGCCGGCCUCAUCUUUCAGCUGGUGGCAAGGUUGGAAUUGCCGUAGGCGCUGUGCUGGCAUUGUUUCUCCUUGUUAUGUUGUCAAUAAUCUUUUGGAAAAGGCGGCAAAAUAUUAUUCGUGCACAGCAGAUUGCAGCAAGAGAGGCUCCCUAUGCGAAAGCAAGAACCCAGUUUGCUCGUGACAUCCAAUUGUCCAGACACAAUUGCCAAGGCCAAGCCCGGCUCGCUGCCGAGAACGGGCCUAGCUUGCUCUCAUGACAGGACCAACUUCUCCGUCAGGUUUUCCCUUUCCCCCCCUUACGGCUUCUUUCGGAAAGCCUCAGAAAUGUCAUAGAAAGAUCGAAUGUCUUCGUCACUGUUGAUAUCGUGUUGUAACGAACCGACUGUACAUUAUUACCGCCGUCUCUGUAACUCACAUACUUUCGAAAGUAGGGUUCCAAAGGUGUUCAGUAAUUCAGGGUUUAAGUCAUCAGGAUUUGGCACAGUUGCUUUAGGAUGAUGGGAGGCACAACCCCUGGAUUUCCUCGUGUCAUCGUGCGUGACAUGUAUGCAUGUAAUACUGGAAACGAGGUAUAAUUGAACUGCUUGCCAGACCUUGAAAGCUA